GAUGCCUGUGUAUUCCCACUACUUGCUAGCGGGGCUCAGGUUUCCACUUCCUAAGUUGCUAAUAGGGUUUCUAUUAGAUUACAAUAUAGGGUUGACACAGUUGGUCCCCAACGCAAUGAGGGGAAGGAGUAGGAGGGAUAAGGGGUGGUAUUAUUUCACCCCUAGGGUAGCUAAUAAGGAGGGUAGGAUUUUAUUCACAGCGGGUCCUUCAUCCAUUAAGGGAUGGAAGGAAAAAUUCUUUUUUGUAGAUGAUACUGAAUGGGGAAAGGGGGAUGCCGAGGUGAGGGCGUUAGCUUCCUGGAAGGCCAAAAGGGCCAACCAGAAUAGGUUUAGUUUAAAUAGGGAUGAAGAGGAAGAAGUGGGGAGGUUAGUGAGGAAGAAGGGGGAUGUAUUGAACAUUAUGGACCUCAUCAGCGCAGCAUGCAUAGAGGCUGCUGAGCUCUAUGGGCCAAGCGCUCUGAGUGAAGCUGACAUGGAUCAAUUUUUUAGCACUGUUGGAGGGAAGGCCAUCCACAAGAAGCCAAGGAAGAAGUCACGGACUUCAGCCAAGCAAGUGGAUGAGGGGAGGGUUGGGAAGGAGGUGGUACCCUUGGCAUCAGCUGAGGUGGAGGAAGAGGUGCCACCGUUGAAGAGGAAGGGUUGGGAGGAGAGGAGAGCAGUGGAGAAGAGGCAGAAAGUGGUAGAGGAGGGAAGAGGGGUGCCUGAGUUUGUACCUCAGCCUCCUCCUGUUGAGCUGGACCCCGAGCUCAGACAGUUGGAGGAGGGGGCUGAGGUAUGGGCUCUUGGUAAGGGGAAGGGCCCUGUUACCUCGGCGGUGUCUCAGAGUAGCCUGUUCGAGGCGAAGAACAUGAUGGGGGCUAGGUGGUUUAUCAACAACACCUUCCCCGAAAAGAAUAAGGAGAUGCGAGAGUCUCUGAAUGAGGUGGUUCCAGCUAUGAAGCAGUUGGAACAGGAGAGGGCUUCCCUGGGCACCAAGCUCGGCUUUGAAGAGACCAAGCGAAAGAUCUCUGAAAACGAGCGUGAGGCUCUGGCGCAAGAGUUAAAGCUGACAAAGGAGGCUUUUUUGGAGCUGAAGGGGAAUGUGCAGACCCUAGUGCACAAUGGAAUGGAUGAGCACAUCAGCAACUUCAUCAGCUCCAGCUCGUUUGACAACAUCGUCAACCUCUACCGAUUGCCAACUGCCAUCAUUGCCUUCAGGGACUGCAGAAAGAAGGUGAAGACUGUUUAUCCCGAAGUGGAUGUUACAAGGAUAACCUUCGGAGAGCAAGAAGCUGGAGUAGAGGAAGAUGGUGAAAGUAUGUCAGUAGAGUUCCGCCCAGAAAUCAAACUGAAGUGGGAUCAUGAUGAUGAUGGACGCACCGUUUUCCCUCCGAACUUCGACUUCGAGUUCGUGGCAAUGGAAGAAGAAGGGGCAGAGGUAGGGGAAGACGAGGUAGAGGCAGGAGUGGAAGGAGCUGGAGUGGAUGAGGGCCAACCAAUUCCAGAAGUGGAGAUUCAUCCAGUUCCUUCUGAUGAUGAUCAGCCUCCUCUGCCAGACAAGCAGCAGCCAAGACAGCCACCUCUUCCAGCUGAAGAGGAGCUAGUGGAGCCACCUCCUUCAAUAGAGAAUUAAUUUUGUUUUGUUGUUUUUGCUUUUUUGGAGAACAUUUAAACAGUUUGUAAUGUUUUUACUAAAUUAAAUGAAAUUAUGUAUUUGUUUAUGUUUGGUUUAUAUUUUUGUUAUAUUUUAUGAAUGAAAGAACCAAGAGUAC